ACUUCCAACCCCCACAACCUAAAGAGUCACCAGACCGUAAUAAAUUAACUAGGAAAUAUCGAUCUCAUGGUUCAUGCUAUUCUUUCUUGCUACCAAAUUCUUGGUACCAAAAAACGAGCUAACAUUAUGUUAAAAUCCCAUUUAUGGAAUUCUAGCGCAGCACAUUUUACAUCAAACACUAACCCAAAGGCCAAACCAUUCAUCCUCCUCUUGCUUCCAGCUUCUCGUAAAGAUGUCGAAAACCAACAAUAACUCCAUUAAUGGUGCUACAACAAACCACAUCGACAGUAUUAUUAGCACUACCACCUGUGAUUGUGAGCCAAGAAGGCCGGGGAAGGCAACUGUACUGGCACUAGGCAAGGCCUUCCCCAGCCAACUCAUCCCACAGGAAUGCUUGGUCGAAGGCUAUUUCCGAGACACCAAAUGUGAUGACUCCGCCAUUAAAGAGAAGUUGGAGCGUCUGUGCAAGAACACCACUGUGAAGACGAGGUACACAGUCAUGUCCAAGGAGAUCCUAGACAAGUACCCAGAACUGACAACAGAGGGCUCACCGACGAUCAAGCAAAGGCUCGAAAUAGCAAACCCAGCAGUACUGGAGAUGGCACUGGAAGCAAGCCUUGCCUGCAUCAAGGAAUGGGGGAGACCAGUAGGAGACAUCACCCACAUCGUCUAUGUCUCCUCCAGCGAAAUCAGAUUACCAGGAGGAGACCUCUACCUGGCGAGCGGGCUCGGCCUGCGCAGUGACGUCGGUCGUGUAAUGCUAUACUUUCUUGGCUGUUACGGCGGCGUCACCGGCCUUCGCGUGGCCAAGGACAUAGCCGAGAACAACCCCGGCAGUCGCGUUCUGCUAACGACAUCAGAGACUACCAUCUUGGGCUAUCGCCCUCCUAACAUGGCACGCCCUUACGAUCUCGUUGGUGCUGCUCUGUUCGGCGAUGGCGCUGCAGCACUCAUCAUCGGGACAGACCCAAUAAGUCAGAUAGAAUCUCCAUUCAUGGAGCUCAACUUCGCAGUGCAACAGUUCUUGCCAGGGACGCAUAACAUAAUUGAUGGUCGCCUGUCCGAGGAGGGUAUAAAUUUCAAACUGGGGAGAGAUCUCCCACAGAAGAUCGAAGACAACAUCGAAAGCUUCUGCAGGAUGCUCAUGGAGAAGGCCAAUCUGAAGGAGUUCAACGACCUGUUCUGGGCUGUUCAUCCCGGGGGGCCUGCAAUACUAAACCGCCUAGAGAGCUGUCUCAGUCUGAAAGCAGACAAGUUGCAGUGCAGCAGGAGGGCAUUGAUGGAUUAUGGGAAUGUGAGCAGCAAUACCAUCUUCUAUGUCAUGGAUUACAUGAGGGAAGAACUGAAGGGGGGAGGUGGGGAGGAGUGGGGGCUAGUGUUGGCAUUUGGGCCUGGGAUCACCUUUGAAGGCAUCCUUGUUCGUAGCCUGCUGCAAUGAUAUGUGCCAAAAGCAGACCCUCAAAAAUUUCUUCAAGGUUUAUUGUUGUUUGUCUCUGGGGUUGGAUUAUGUUUUAUAGAGUUGAUGCAUCAAUUAGUACUCAUGUUGAUGACCUACAUGUGCUGUGAACAAAUUAAAUAGACAUUAUCAUAAAGUUCUCUAGUAAAGAAAUUCUGUGGCUCAAUAUUUCAGAAUUUUCGGUAUCAUCCUAAAUACUCUCAUUGAACAUCAUAUCCCUUGUUAAAAGACUUUUCUGUUAAUAGUUACACAAAUAAGAGAGAAAUAGUGAGAAUGAACUUAUGGGCUUUUAGAGGGGUCGAAUGACCAUCUCGACUACUAGGUCUUUGGCAAAUGUUUGUAGUUUAUAAUAAUAGAAUAAAUGGUUAUACAUAUUAAGUGUUAGGUUGGGGAGAACGAACUCAUUUUCUCUUGAUUUGGCAAGAUAUCAGAUUGGUUGGUAUGAAGAUAGAUUUGGUGACAUGUUAUAUUAAAACUUAACUAAGAUGGGCAUUUUGGUUCAUUCAAAUUCAAAGACGAGUCAAAUUUCUAAGUGUUGAAGAGUAAGUAUUUAAAGUUUGAAGAAUUUUGUGAUGUUAGGGGAGCUCACGGUUUGGUUAACUGAUUGACCGGUUUCUAUUUUUGAUCGAUUCAGUUCUUCAGUUUUUAUAUUUA